AUGACCAGAACUUCUGUCUUAGCUGAUGCCUUAAACGCCAUUAACAACGCUGAAAAAGCCGGUAAGCGUCAAGUUUUAAUUAGACCAUCCUCCAAGGUCAUCAUUAAGUUUUUACAAGUUAUGCAAAAGCAUGGUUACGUUGGUGAAUUCGAAUACAUCGAUGACCACAGAUCUGGUAAGAUUGUCAUUCAAUUAACUGGUAGAUUAAACAAGUGUGGUGUUAUCUCUCCAAGAUUUAACGUUAAGAUCGGUGACAUUGAAAAGUGGACUGACAACUUAUUACCAGCUAGACAAUUUGGUUACGUCAUCUUAACCACUUCCGCUGGUAUUAUGGACCACGAAGAAGCUAGAAGAAAGCACGUCUCUGGUAAGAUCUUGGGUUUCGUUUACUAA